CUAAAACUACUAAUGGCGUCCCCCCUCCCUCCUUCCCUCCCUCCCCCGCCUGCCGGCUGGCACCAGGUUCCCAUGGAGAACUCAUCUGUGGCUUCCGCGUCAUCUGAGGCUGGCAGUACGCGCUCACAGGAGAUUGAGGAGCUGGAGCGCUUCAUCGACAGCUACGUGCUGGAGUAUCAGGUGCAAGGUCUCCUGGGAGACAAGAACGAGACGGAUCUGGAUGGGGACAACAAGCCCCAGUCCCACGUCACGCAGUGGACUGAGGACUGCAGUGAGAAGAAAGACGGGAGUUGGACAUCUUCGCAGGGGAGGGGCUCCACAAAACCGGAUGACUGGGACCACAGCAGCAACGGGAGCACCGGGUCCAGGCCCAGCUCUGGCUCAAGGCCCGGUUCGGGCUCCAGGUCUGCCAGCAGAGGGAGAAACACUCCGUUCAGAGGGCCAACCAAGGCGCAGAAUGGGAAUCGAGAGGGUUCAUUUGACAUCCUGGGUACUGACAUCUGGGCUGCCAACACCAUGGACUCUCGUGGGGGGGCAACAUGGGACCUCCAGCCUGAGAAGCUGGACUUCAGCCAGUUCCAUAGGAAACCCUUCCGUGGAACACCAAAGCACCUCCCUCACAUCGACAGAGAGGGGAUGAUGAAAGGAAAAUUUGAGGAUGACGAUGGGAUUGACUUGAACGACAUGGAGAGGUUCCUGCCAGGCCUUACUGGUUUCCCACCCCUGCCUAACGAAGCUGAGAUCGCCCACUGGGCGAAAAAGCUCUUCCGUCGCAAGAGGAACGACCGGCGGAGGCAGCAGCACCAGAGACCGCCAGGAGGAGAGAGGAAGAUUCCGAAUCCUCAGCAGCCGCAGGUGCCACAGCACCAGCAACAGCAACAACAGCAAGCCCCACCUCAACAGCAAAAGCCUGCCAAUCAACAACAACAGAAUGAGCAGCAACAGGGUGGGCCGGCAGCUAACGCCAGACACCCCCGCCACCAGCACCGCGGUGGUAGCCACGUCCAGCAGUACCAGGGACAUGGGGGCCAACGCCAGGGGCCUCCCCACCACGGCUACAGUCAGAACCGCCGCUGGCACCACAGCCAGAGGGGGCCGGGAGAAAUAGUAGGAGGGCUGGGGCUGCAGGGCGGAACGGCACGGGACACGGAAAGGGGGGGGGUGCCGACAGGAGACUGCGAUAGGGGGGUGCCCCCAACAGGAGAAAGGGUUGGCCCACCACCAGCCAGACAAGCCAAAGAGACUGACAGUGUGAAGGAGGAGGCCAGCAACAGGCCAGAGCGAGAGCGACCCGGGGGCCCCAGUGAGGGGCCUCCCGGCCAGGCUGAGGUCCAGAGACAAAGCCAGGGACAGAGCCUGACGGAGAGUGACAGGAACAGAGACGGCCAGCUGGACGAGGGGUGCCCUAAAGUCAGCCUGCUGCAGUCGUCCAAAGAGAGGCUCAGGAGAAGGCUAAAAGACAAGGAGGAGGCAAUCGUGGCUCCGGCGGGCCCGCAGCGGAACCGCAUGGAUCGCCUACUGGAGAUUCUGAAUAGCAUGCGGAACAACAGCGCUGGUGUGGACGACCAGCUCAGCUCCUUCAUGGAAGAGGCCCAAACCUCAGCGCAGUCCGAGGAGACCUUGUCCGAGCUAGUCGGCACCAUCUACAGUAAAGCCCUGAGCGACCGGAGCUUUGCCGCCACAGCCGCCAAACUCUGUGACAAGAUGGCCCUGUUCAUGGUUGAAGGGACCAAGUUCCGUUCACUGCUACUCAAUAUGUUACAGAAGGACUUCUCCCGCCGAGAGGAGCUUCAGGCGUCAGACGUAGAGCGCUGGUUGGGGUUCAUAACCUUCCUGUGUGAGGUGUUUGGAACCAUGAGGAGCAGUGCCGGGGAGCCGUUCAGAGUCCUCGUCUGCCCGAUAUACACCUGCCUCAGGGAGCUGCUGGAGUCUCCCGACGUGAAGGAGGAUGCGGUCCUUUGUUGUUCUAUGGAGCUUCAGUCCACCGGUCGCCUCCUGGAGGAGCAGCUUCCGGAGAUGAUGACGGAGCUCCUCGCCGCCGCCCGGGACAAGAUGCUGUGCCCAGCCGAGUCCCGGUUGACACGCUCCCUGCUCAUGGAGGUCAUCGAGCUCCACGCCCACCAGUGGACUCCACUGGAGGACCUGACCACGCAGUACUACAACAGAACCAUCCAGAAGCUCACCACUGCCUAGCCGCCCCGGAGCCCCGUGAGCUGGGGUGAUGGUGGCACUGGCCGGGCCGGGUCCAGUCGUGGGAGGAGCUGACUCGGUCGGCACCCAUAGUGGCCGGUGAAUGGAUUUGGGUUUAUGGGGCAUGGGACUGGGACUGACAAAGGACAAACAGGCAGACCUGAAAACCAUGUGAAAGCAAGACAGACACUAAACACAUACACGUGCACUCACAAGGACGGGGUUGGCCAUGCGGCCUGAACCCUGUCGACCAAGGCGUGGGGUGCCUGGUCUUUGAGAGAGAAGGGGCAAAGGAGGUGAGUGGCGAGGGUCGGAACAGCGGCAGCCUGUCCUUUGGGAACAGGGGGUCUCCGGGGAGGUUAAAAGAGCAGAAACAGGGCUGCGGAGGGGGGUUCGCUCUCACUCUUUCAUGUUUGUGUGCCAACCACCCGCCCUCUCUGUUUCUUUCUCCUCCAUCCAGCUCUCCUCUAUCAGACCCCCUUCACCCCCAGGGUCUGUGCGUCUGACUGUGGGAGUUGAGAGGGGAGGAAGGCAGGCAGGCCUGUUGUCUGGGGGUGUCCCCCUACCCAGGGCCAGGUCAAAUGGACAGACUGCAGGGCUAGACUCUGGCCGGGCCUGCCUUUUGUUCCCCCGCCAGAGGCCCUUUGUGCGAAAGGGACACGAGGCCCCCCGCUGGCUGAAGCGCUCUGGCUUGUUCGCUUGCUCGGUGGGUGGGUGGCAGAUGGUUUCUGGAACUUCUGCAGGUCUGGCUGGAAGAUGCUUUACCCAGUUCCAUCCAUCCCCACUCCAGCCCGAAGCCAUCCUCUAAUCCAGGCCAACCGAGCCAGCCCCCCCAACAGAGGGGGGCAGUGGGUACACAGUUGAUUGACCAGUUGGACUGUUUUGGGGUAUCGGGGGACAUUUUCGAGGGGAGCAGCAGACAGGGAAGCGUCAAGUCGCUGCUUUGUCAAAGCUUCUUUGUCAUCAUUGUCAUUCUUGGAGGGGUUUAAUUUCCUCCAUCCACGCAUACGCUAUCCUGUUAUUAAUAUUAUUAUAUUAGUGUUACUAUUGUUGUAUUAUUUCCUAUAAAUUGAUUUUAAAAUGUAUGUAUGAAGAUGGACUCAGUUAGGGUAGACCUAUUGCACAGGUUUGGUUUUGCACUGUUUUAAAGCGAUUAUUCGCUUUAAAAGUCAAAAGGAUUUAAAAGUUGGUAUGGAUAACUACUAGCAUAAAAAAAUAUCCUCUGUAGUUUGAGCAGUUGUUUGACUAGCAAGGGACAGAGGAAUACUAGAAGAGUUUGAAUAAGUCAGUUGGACUAGUGGCCUUGUAAACUAUAGUAUCACAUUUAUACAGUUGCGUCCAUGUUGUUUGAAAAAGAAGGCCAAGAGAGAGUUCUUGCUGAGACUGAGUGACCGAAUUUGAGUAGAUUUUUUCCCCUGCCAAAAGCAGCUUUUUUCAGAGAUGGUAGAAGAAGAAAAGAAAACACUAAAGAAAAAAAACAAGCAUGAUUAAAAACCACUUCUGAUAUUCUCAUGUUCAAGCAGCUAUUUUGCAGUGUUGGAAAUUUUGCAAGUCUUUACCUAUGUAUGACGAUGCUUUUGACAAGGAAACAAUUACCUGUUUGAUUUUCCAGAUAAUGAAAACAAAUCUUUUUAUGGUAUAAUGUAACUAGCUAGUGAUUUGCAUUAUUCUCUGGCUUCUGCAAUUGUGUGUACCACAAUAUUGACGUAUACCAACUCUGUCAUAGUUAUAUCAUUUGAUGGGAUGUAUGUAAUCCAAUACACAUUAUAUAGAAGUAUUUACAGAGCGAUGUCUAGGAGGGCACGGUGCAAACAGACGAGGGUUACAUCAGUUAUCUUUCCUUUCUCAUAAAGUGUGCACUUCAUUUCUGUGAUUUGAAAAGACAAGAAAUCUUUCCCUUGCCAACACUAAUACAAUGCUUUUAGAUCUGUGGGAACUAAGGCACACUUAUAGAGAAAGAAGAUAUUAUUGAGAUGUACCCAUAUUGAUUUAUAGGAUUAUAUAGUUAUGGUUGUAUGGAUAGGAGGUGGCCUUUCCAUGUGUUCUUACUACUAUUAUGGCUUGAGCUCAUGUUGAAUGAACAGCUCUGUACUGGGCAGUUAUAGUACUAGCUUGCUAGCUCCUGGUUUCCCAUUGAAUUGAAUGUCUCUGGGAAGUGUUGUCAUUUUUUUUUCUUGCAUCAAGAAUCUAAAUCUUUACGAUCGGCACACUCCUGACAAAAGGGUGUUAAAAAAUAAAGGAAAACAUAUACAAACCCAUCCAUCUUAGUGUGCACCUACCUAUGAGGUGAU